AUGUCAGAUCCGAGUGUGAGUGAUCGCCGAAUCCGUCCCAUUCAGGACGCGGUCGCGAGCGGGAACUGGAAGCAAGCUCUCCAACUCUGUGACAAAUGGUCCAAGAAAGGUGAACGGUCCGAUCGGUUCCUAGCUCUGAAAGCGUUUGUCCUCGUCAACCAGGCGGAUGAGAAACAGCAUGAUCGAGGUCACAGUGAGGUCCUCGACCUGUGCAAACGCAACCCACCCAUCACCGAACCCGAGGCCAUUUACCAACUGCAUCAUGCCCUUAGAGCGUUGUCGCUGUACAAGGAGGAAGGCCCUAAGCUGUGGGAGCGGGCGGUCGGGUCGACGCAGGAUAACAAGGACCUCUACAUCCGGUGGCUGAACGAGGCUAUCGCAGAGAGCAACUGGCUCAGCGCGCAAAAGGUGUGA